AUGAUGUCCAUGGCAAUGACAGAUUUUGAAUUGUAUUGGCCUCGUGGUGGUCGAGUGGCACGUGUUAUCGAAGGUGGAGAAAUAGCAGGAAUCAACGGCUUUAUGCAUAUGAUCGAGGACGUCCUCAUCUACGAACCCGAUCUUCGCGCUCAUGGAGGCUAUGUGGAAGUGCUAAGCUGGCAAUUGAUGCUUGUGCUUGUUUUCAUGUUAUGGAGACCGGGUGGUUUAUCGUAA